AUGUUCCGGAACGCCCUUCGACAGUCGACGCGCGCCGUCGGCGCUGUCUCUGCUGCUGGCAGGGUCGCCGCGGUCCGAAAUGCCGCACCCGCCUCCAUCAACGCCGCUCGAUUCUACGCCUCCGAUGCCAAGGCCACUCCUACUGAGGUUUCUUCCAUCCUCGAGCAGCGAAUUCGUGGUGUUCAGGAGGAGUCCGGUCUCGCUGAGACUGGCCGUGUCCUCUCCGUCGGUGAUGGUAUCGCCCGUGUUCACGGUAUGGCCAACGUUCAGGCCGAGGAGCUUGUCGAGUUCGCUUCUGGUGUCAAGGGAAUGUGCAUGAACCUUGAGGCCGGCCAGGUCGGUGUUGUGUUGUUCGGUUCUGAUCGUCUCGUCAAGGAGGGUGAGACUGUCAAGCGUACCGGCGAGAUUGUUGAUGUCCCCGUCGGCCCUGAGAUGCUCGGCCGUGUCGUCGACGCCCUGGGUAACCCUAUCGACGGCAAGGGUCCUAUCAACACCAAGGAGAAGCGCCGUGCUCAGCUGAAGGCUCCCGGUAUUCUGCCCCGAAAGUCCGUCAACGAGCCCGUCCAGACUGGUCUCAAGUCCAUCGACGCCAUGGUUCCCGUCGGCCGAGGUCAGCGUGAGUUGAUCAUUGGUGAUCGUCAGACCGGCAAGACUGCUGUCGGUCUUGACACCAUCCUCAACCAGAAGCGAUGGAACGAUGGCCAGGAUGAGAAGAAGAAGCUGUACUGUAUCUAUGUCGCCGUUGGCCAGAAGCGAUCCACCGUUGCUCAGCUUGUCAAGACUCUCGAGGAGAACGACGCCAUGAAGUACUCCAUUGUCGUUGCUGCUACCGCCUCUGAGGCCGCUCCUCUUCAGUACCUCGCUCCUUUCACUGGUGCCUCCAUUGGUGAGUGGUUCCGUGACAACGGCAAGCACUCUCUCGUCAUCUAUGACGAUCUUUCUAAGCAGGCUGUUGCUUACCGACAGAUGUCUCUGCUUCUCCGACGUCCUCCUGGACGUGAGGCUUACCCCGGUGACGUUUUCUACCUGCACUCUCGUCUGCUCGAGCGUGCCGCCAAGAUGAACGACAAGCUCGGUGGUGGUUCCAUGACUGCCCUUCCCGUCAUUGAGACCCAGGGUGGUGAUGUCUCUGCCUACAUUCCUACUAAUGUCAUUUCUAUCACUGAUGGUCAGAUCUUCUUGGAGGCUGAGCUGUUCUACAAGGGUAUUCGACCUGCCAUCAACGUCGGUCUUUCUGUCUCUCGUGUCGGUUCUGCUGCCCAGGUCAAGGCCAUGAAGCAGGUCGCCGGUUCCCUGAAGCUUUUCUUGGCCCAGUACCGUGAGGUUGCUGCCUUCGCCCAGUUCGGUUCUGAUCUUGAUGCCGCUACCAAGCAGACCCUCAACCGCGGUGAGCGUCUUACUGAGCUUCUAAAACAAAAGCAGGCUGUUAACGAGAUGGUUCCUCUCAUCUUCGCUGGAGUCAACGGUCACCUCGACACCAUCCCCGUCAACAAGAUUCUCCAGUGGGAGUCUGACUUCCUUGCUCACCUCAAGACCAACGAGUCUGAGCUCCUUGCCACCAUUGACAAGGAGGGUGCUAUCUCUAAGGACACCGAGGCCAAGCUCCGCGAUGUUACUCAGUCCUUCGUCAAGAGCUUCCUCGGUUAA